AUCGACAUUACAGUUGAAACAAUCAUUUUGAAUCUAUUUAUAUAAGUCGUUCCAUGUCGACUCCAGCUUUCAAGAGAGAGUUGUUUAUGACUUUGGUUCAUCCGGCAGGAAUGGCCCAACAUUUUUCCAAAAUGAGAAAACGUGAUUGUCGUGCGAAAUAGUUCGAUGCUAAAAGAACAAAGGCAGCGCAAUCAAAGCCUUACUAAUAUUAAAAGUAUUAAGCUGUUCCUGGUUUAAUUUGGGAAAUAAUUCAAUUGUUACAUUCGAACCGGAUUGAAGUACUCAGGUAACUUCAUAUCCCAGGCCAGAUUUAAACUCCAGUUUCUAUCUAGUGAAUGGGAAGCUUGAUUCCGGCAUCAUUUUGUGAAAUUUCCUUGAUGGACUCUGAAAACGAAAAUGCGGUAUAGCCCUAAAAUCGAGACCCCUGAAAUGGGACAUUUCUCACAACUUGGAGGGCAAAUGCUUACCAUUAAUUCCCCAAAAUAAUAUCUGUUCUUCUAGUUUAUCGCGUUACGCGAUCGUAGGUGCUAUUUAACUUGCAACUGACAACUGGGAAAAAAGUGACCGAAACUGACAUUUGCGGUCCCCCAUCCCAAAUCUUGGAUGACUUUUUAAGGAAAAUAUACAAUUCUGUGAGCAAACAAAAUGGAGCUGUUUUAAUCUCAGUUCACUCCAAGGGAUUCAGUGAGCAAAUUGCAGGCAAGAUUCUUCAUUCCGCUGUUUUCUUGUUACUUGCCUUUUUGUUACAAGCCUAAGCGUUAGCGGAACUGAACGAUCAGUAAAAACCAGGAAGCAAAAGGAUGGUCGUUAACUUGGGUCAGAUACGUGCUCAUGCCAUGACAACAACGUAAUGUUACAAAAAAAUGCAGUCCAAAGGUUUCAGGCAAAAUAGUAUCACUGAAACUUCGGAUGACGCCUGGGUGGUUUCCUUAGUUCGUCCGGUGCACAGUUAUACUUCCUUGUCGCAUGAAGGCGGAUGAACAAAUGCUUUUCCGGCUAAACUGAACUGCCAAAUCAAACCAGGUUAACACUGCGCUUCCUUCAUUCCUUAAGACUAGGACGUACAUGACAUCUUGGCGCGAACUCGUGCCCUUGUAACUGUGAUUUUCAGGGAGAUAACUGACGUGGUUAUUUGAGAUAAUUUGGAAAUUAUUUGAACUUAUUUUAGAUAACUUGGCUGACAGGGUGAAUCAGUGCUCUUCCUUUGGGAAAAAAUUGCUGCAGUGAAAUAUCUCUUAAAGGUUAGUGCCAUUGUUUUUCACAACUAAUGCUUGCUUUGCUAAUUUGUUUCAAUAACUCAGCCUCGGCUCGUCUUUGUUUCGGUUGCGAACAGUGUCUGUUUAUUUUUCUCAUCUUUUAGAAUACAGUCACUCAGUCACCCUAGUGACAGUCAGAAAUCUACUCAAAUCGUGUUUAAUCAGUUACCGUGAUCGGCAGAACGCCACUUGUGUUGAACUUUCCAAUCGAAAAAGGCUGUUAAGUUCACAAUCUUAGUUGUGUUUACACAAUUGAUUGGUGCAAUUUUUCCCGAGGUUUAACAGAAGGGGAAUGAAUGUUUCGGAAGGGGAUCAAAUUUUACGGUAAUCACUGUUAGAUUUGACGCCUUCAAGUAUAGGUGAACUUUCGGCUACAAGCGAUUAUAAGCGAUUCAGUUUCUGAUCAAGCGAAAAAAAACUUACAGUUCUGAAUAUUGAAAUGCCAUUUCAAGAUUAGCUGUCAUAAGAAGCGCUUUUGUCACCCAAAAAUUUUUCAUUUUUGAAAACUAAUUUCUACUCCAAUAUCACACCCAAGGAGCAGCAAAUUUCACCAGUUACUAAGUUUCACAAGCUCUUGUAAUGCUUGGAGUCAAUUCGUGUCCUGGUAUAAUGCCAGUCGUAUGUUAAUGAACAAGAAUGUAAACAACGACGUCAGCAAAGAUUGCUCCAUUGAGUAUCAACCCUCUGCUAAAAGACGGGCACUCAAGGCUGUGCUUGAAGAGAAGUGACGAUGAAGAGGAACAUAUGUCGAAACAUAUAAUCUGUUAGUGUAUAAAUAGGCCAAGUUAUGGAAGGGCUAGCUUCUUAGUUUCCUCUUAAAUGUGUGGAGUCCAUUAUUUUGGCCAUGCAGUACUCGGCCCUUAGCUCGUCUUUGACAGUGUGUCUAUUUUUCUCGUCGUUUACAAUACAAUUUAGUGGACCAUCGAGUCAUAAGACUAUGAUAAAUCAAUGUUUGACGUGACCUUUCGACGAGAAACAUAUCCAUGACAAUUCUGUUGCUUUGACAGGAGAUGGAAAUAUCGUCUAGCAAUAUCGCUUUGAUCGGUCCGUAGAUUUAUUUCAUUUUAAUAAAUCUGAAAAUCAAUAGUUAGAGAGGAAGUCGUGCAUCAUCCCUGUUGUAUCCGGUUUUUCAUGCGGGUUCUCCCUCGAAGUUCGAAUUGGAAGAAGGAAAACCAGUAGAAAAACCGUACCCUAGAAGAAGAUUAUAAUAUUAGCAACAAUUCAAUCGACCGGCUAAUCAGUCACUGGAACUGUCCAAUCUGUCAUUUGAAGACAAUGCUUUAGUAAAACAAAUUUGCAUGUUACUGUUGCGUAAACCGCAAAUAUGUCUCACUUCUCUAUUACGAAAAUAAAUAUCAAUACUACAGGAAUUAAUUGUAAAAACAAGAUUAAAAACCUUUUUCUAGCGAUAACAGUGUACAUGAUAAAAGAGUGCGAGACAAGAUACGAGCACGAUCAUGCAAAGGGCCGAGAGAAAAUGCGUUGGAAGCUUGAUUUCGUUUCAUUGGCUGUGGUUAGUGACAGAGUAGGGCUUCAUUCUGUAGAAAGUCAAAAUGCUUUUCAUUUCCCUAGUCUAAGAUCUUUGAAAAUCAGUUAGAUCGGGAUAUGAGGUACAACUGUGGCUGCUUGCCUACUUACUUUACGACUUCCUGCUAGGCCAUCUUGCUCAAUUCAUUUCAGUGACGUAACCGAGACGAACGGUCAAUUGUUCGCUCAGACCACGUGAAUCCGAAAACGAUUGACCGCGGGGAAAUAUCGAGGCCCGGGAACUAGGCAAUAUCCGCGCAACAAUUUCAGUUAAGGUUGUCCACAAGCUGCUCGGCAACUUUUUGACAACUUUUCAUAUUUUGAGCAUGAUGUUUUCUCUACGUGCAACUAUUUGCAUUUUGAAAAUGCAGAAAAAAGAGUAACUCUUGCUUUCAGUAGAAAGAUUCAGGUUAUCCCCCCCGGCGGGAAAUCGUUGAAAGUUGUGCUACGCCGUUGCAUGUAGCCCGUAAGUAAGCUCCCUUAGCUCCUUCCCAUUGCACGCAAUGUUGUCGAGGUAUAAAGUGAUUCUUAAACCUCUAUAGUCUGAAACGUCAGUCGUGUCCUCGUCACUUUUGUUAUAUGGCGUAAAUAUCAUAGCAAUGCCGCGAAAGGAAAGUUGUUUUGCCUACUCAUAACUCCAAAUUGUAGACAUUACACGAGCAGCAGAGGUUUAAUUUCAUACAAAUCCUUAUAUUUCGACUGUUGAAUAAUCUCAAUAUACGGACGCUCGUUUUGCGAGCUCGGGUUACCUGUGUUGGAACAAUUAAAAAAAACACACACACUUUUGCAAGAUCUGACACUUUAAAAAAUACUCUUCAGACAAUGACUGUAUAACGUCCCUGAAUUUUUUCGGGGCCCAAAAAAAAGCUUUCACCAGAGAUAUAGCUCAUUGAAGCUGAUCAAGGCAUCAAGAAGGCAACAGAACGUGACAUAGAUAUCGAAACCAAAACCCCAGUACGCACAAAUUUGGACGCCAUUUUCAACAAUAUCAUGCAUAAAGCUUCUUCGAGGCCUUCUCUGUUGUUGUUUUACUAACACCCAGAAAAGCGAAAAAGGCAAUUCUAAAACUCAAAUAGGGCCCAUUCGCGAAAAGUUGAGAACUGCUAUGUUGUUAUUUCACGCUAUUGUUUAGGGCAUUUCCAAAAGUGGCAUUGCGGGACUAAGUCUAUCUUGGAAGGAGACUUUUUGAGCACGUAACUAAGAGCAAUAUUAGUGUCAUGUUUAACGCCCUGUAUAUUUUUCAAUCAGCUUUUCGUCAGCAGGCCCAAGAUCCUCCCUCCAGGUUUUCAAUCUCACACUGGUGUUACUAAGAUAAUGCUACUUCCGUCUAUCUAUAAUUUAACAGGUUCUCAAGACAACGCAAAAAAAACUUCUGAGAAGCACAGGAAUAUACUCAGAAGGUGCCACGCGUCGCUCGUAAAAGAUCUUGAACCAAAGAAACUCUUUCCUCAUUUAAUACAGGAAGGAAUUAUGACUUCAGAUGACACAAAAAGAAUAAACAAAAUUGACAAACGGAAACGUCAGAGUCAGGAGUUCCUGAGCAUACUACCAGCAAGGGGACCGCGUGCAUAUCAGGAGUUCGUGAAAGCCUUGGAAGAAAAACAACCAUCUUUGGCCUGCAUUCUUCUAAGAGAGGAAGUCGUCGCUGCCGAGGCUGGCCGCAGGGAUCCGAUAAAUCAGUUCCAGGAAAAUCAGGGAGCUUUGAACAAAUCCAGGAACAAACACCACCACGGGAGGAGGAGGAAUUCGAGCAAGAAGACAAAGAAUGACAAGGGGGGAACUUCAGGUAACUCGCUUUACACCGUCAUGGCUUUUGUGAUGAAGUAGCAGAUAUUGGGCCAAUGCAUAUGAAACAAACACAAAUCGACACCAAAUAGUUUAAAAUACCAGCUGGGUGGGGCCUAACGCAGCAAUUUUCAACCAUGAAUAUCCACAAAUUUUAUCACUACACAAUGUUAAGCUGCGGGUAAAGUAACCAGAGUCAUGCAGUAUGGUUACCAUCGUUUGGAAUUUAGAUGCAGGCAGUAAAUUGAAAUUACUGCGGUAAACACUGAUUAAG